AUGCAAGUCUGCGGGGAGGAGGGGUGGUGGCAGACUGCGCAGACCUGGCCAAGGUUAUGCCUCCAGACCUUUGGCAAGAAGAAGGAGGAGCUGCUUAAGCAGCUGGAACACCCGAAGGUGGAGCUGUCCCAGCUGCGCAUCACCAAAGCGGCAGGCGAUGUGGCUUGUAAGCUCUCCAAGAUCCGAGUUGUUUGCAAAUCUAUCGCCGGUGUUCUCGCCGUCAUCAACCAGACUCUGAAAGAGAACCUCAGGAAAUUCGACAAGGGUAAGAAGUCCAAGCCCCUGGAUCUGCGCCCGAGAGGACACAUGCCAUGUGUCGCUCGCUGCCUGAAUAAGCACCAGGAGAACUUGAAGACCAAGAAGCAGCCGCGGAAGGCCCGCGGCUGUACUUGA